UCCUUUCCUCCAUAAAGGAAUGACACACGAGUGAUAUGCAUUGUGUUGGAUUUGGUGACUGUUAUGUUGGAGUGUGGCGUGAAGAGACUUGGGGACAUUAAAUCACUGAGAGUUCUCAUGCAAGACGGACUCUGCCAUCACUUACUUACUGUAAAUGAGCAACUUUACGAAUUGCUUCAGAACGAAUCUGUUGAUGUUUUUGGUCGCUCUUUGACAAAGUGCUUUCUUCUUUUUGAUUCAAAUUGUCAUCAUCUCAAACUACAGCUGGAGUGGUUCCUUAAUAAGCUAAUGCACACAAUACAAUUAGAUCAGUCAAGACUUCAAGCAGGCAGACUAGAGCUAACAUUAGAAUGUCUCAAUUCAAUUUUGUCACAUUCAUAAUUUUGUAUCAGAGUUAUAUGUUAAUUAUGAUUGCAGUACCUACUGUACUAACGUGUGCGAGAGACUGAGCAAACUACUUGCUAAGUACGGGGUAUUUUGCUAAAUAUUAUUACAGCAAGCAUUCCCCAGCUCUUAUCACACGAUAUCAUCAACCAACAUAAUUAGCAAUGGAAACACUACUGGCAAUGAUACUGGCAUUAGAAUCAACCAACACCACAUGUGUACUAAGAUUAAUGGAGGGAAAGUUGCAGGUGACUGUAAUAAAGGAGUAAGUGUGAAUUCAUCUGCUGGGAUCAUAUUCUCAUCAGAUAAGCAGCAGCAACCAGAUAUCAGUCUGAAUGGAGCAGAGAAGG